CCAAGCGGGUUAGUUUUGAACGUACAUCUCUGGCAACAGGACGGUAUUGAUUUACGUUCACCAUUCUAUGAUAUAUUUGUAAUAGUGAUAAGUUUGAGCUUCAGACAACUAUACUAAAAAGAGUGGCUGGAAAAAUCUCGUGCAAUCAACGUAUUUCCGAUUGCUGCCCGUUUCCGUCCGCCACUCCCUAAAAAAAUGUUUCCGGCCAUCAAGCUAUUUCCUCUGCGCGAGCAGCUUAGUCUGAGCCAUGAUAACAUGUACGACUUCGCAGUAUUUUCGUGGCAAUCAAAACGGAAUCAAGUGUCGGGACAUUACCUCAUCUAUCGUUUCGUGGUUGCAGCUCUAUUUUUAGCGGUUGUCACCUUCUGCGGGUCGAGAAGUAACCACCCGGAAUACUGGAUGAUUUAUCUUAGCCAUAUUGGACUUAUUCUGCAAACUUUGCAUUUGACGAUAAGCGCUGCCUUUCCAGUUCAGCUUCUUUUGCUAACCAAUAGAAGUCGCGUUGACAAUAAAAUGCCUCCUUUGGCACGGUUCUCUUGGUUUCUCUACAACGUCACGAAUCUACUCAGUUUGGUUAUUUCGGUCGUCUUCUGGGCCGUACUCUUCACUCCAGCCAAAGGACUGAAAGACAGAGAUGUCCUUGUUCACGCGCUGAACUCUGUCAUGUCGAUCAGCGAUAUAUUCAUUAGCAGGAGACCGUGUCGUAUGUUGCACUUCCACCAUUCACUUGCUGCAUUAAUUCCGUACGUCGCGUUUAGUGCCAUUUAUUGGGCAGCAGGAGGUACAAGAGAAAACGGCCUCUCUUACAUUUACCCGAUUCUCAAUUGGGAGAAUCUUAGCUUAACAGUCCCCUUUCUGAUGAUGGGACUAGUCUUCGGUCUACCCAUUGUUCACGGUGUCAUUUGGAGUCUCCACUUGCUGAGAGAUCGUCUAAUCAGGUGUUGUAAACGCGAUGGCCAUCACGAUCAUCAAAGUCAAUGGAACCCUACUUUCGUUCCAGACGAGAAAAGUGCAGAUAGCGCAAUUGUGAUUAAAACCUAAGUUGUCCACUUAAUCCCAAUACUUAAGUUCAAGUGCAAAAAAAAAGUACCUUCUUGCAUGACUAUUACGUCUGUAUUUCUUCGUUGUGGCAAAUUUUCAAGGAAUCUAUUACUGGGAUACUGUCGUAUAUAAAAAUCUGCCUUCUUUUUUAUAGUCACGAAAUUGUCGUAAAUAUCUCCAAUGACUAGCCUUUGCGAUGGAUUUUGAAUGACUUUUGAUCCACUAUGUAUCUCACGUAAUAAUGCUUUUGUUUUGUUACGUAAAAAUCGCAUAAAUAAAGUUUAUUUUUUUAUCGG